UAUUAAUACCAAAGAAAAGGAAAAAUUUAGUCUAUAAAACUUCAACAUAAACACGUAUAGACCUCUUCAGAAAAGAAAAGGAAAAAAAAAAAAAGAGAACCAGGAAUUUCAGACAGCGCAGAAUGAGUUGGUGGUGGGCAGGAGCCAUAGGAGCUGCAAAGAAAAAGUUUGAUCCAGACGAUGCACCUGCCAAGUACCAGAGCGUGGCCCUCGUACUUGGGGUCACCGGACUCGUCGGAAACAGCCUCGCCGAGAUUCUUCCACUGCCCGACACUCCCGGCGGGCCGUGGAAGGUCUACGGAGUGGCCCGGCGGCCCCGGCCGCAGUGGAACGCUGACGACCCUAUUCAGUACAUCCAGUGUGACCUCUUAGACUCCAAACAGACAGAGGCAGAGCUCUCCCAGCUCACUGAUGUCACUCACAUUUUUUAUGUCACAUGGGCGAGCAAGCCAACUGAAGCUGAGAACUGUGAGGCUAAUGGCAAGAUGUUAAGCAAUGUGUUGAAUGCAGUGAUCCCAAACGCGCCGAAUUUGCAGCACAUAUGUAUGCAGACGGGUCGGAAGCACUACUUAGGUUCGUUUGACAUGUUGGGGAAAGUCCAACCCCAUGAACCUCCAUAUCACGAAGACCUGCCGAGGCUUAAUGCCCCCAAUUUUUACUAUGUGAUGGAGGAUAUUCUGUUUGAGGAGGUGAAGAAGAAGGAGGGGCUGACAUGGUCUGUGCACAGGCCGGGAGCCAUAUUCGGGUUCUCACCGUAUAGCUUGAUGAAUAUGAUUGGGAGUUUGUGUGUUUACGCUGCGAUUUGUAAGCAUGAAGGGCAGCCGUUGAGGUUUCCGGGGAGUAAAGGAACUUGGGAAGGGUUCUGGGACGUGUCUGAUGCGGAUAUGAUUGCUGAACAUGAGAUAUGGGCAGCUGUGGAGCCUUAUGCCAAGAAUGAAGCUUUUAAUUGUAGCAACGGGGAUGUGUUCAAGUGGAAGCAUUUGUGGGGGAUUCUGGCCGAGCAGUUCGAGCUAGUGCCUGCUGGAGUUCAGGAGGAGUUGAGUUUUGAGGAGAUGAUGAAAGAUAAAGGGCCAGUGUGGGAUGAAAUUGUAAGAGAGCAUGGUUUGGUGCCUACCAAAUUGGAAGAGGUAGGGAACUGGUGGUUUCUGGACAUUAUGUUUCAGGUUGAUUCAACUGUGGACAGUAUGAACAAGAGCAAAGAGCAUGGUUUUGUUGGCUUUAGGAACUCGAAAACUUCCUUUGUUUCUUGGAUUGACAAGAUGAAGUCUUUUAGAAUUGUUCCUUGAUGUGGUUGCGACCAAGUUUUUUGUCCUUCAUUUUGCUUGUUUCUCUGGUUUUGCUGUUGCUGCUGUUGUAAUUGUUUGCUUGUAGUACUGUCGUAGUAAUUACAGACCUUGCUGUUGAGGAUUUGAAUGGAAUUGCUUUUGUUUUGUGUGGAA